CAUGCAAUUGAACGUAGCCAUUUCCCUUAUACAAGCAAAAUACUUGUUGGGCUUUCUGGGCCUGAAGUGGCUUCUUACAAGAGAUGGGCUUGAGUUUUGGGGUUCAUUGUGGGCCUGUGGCUUGGCUCAUUAUGUCUUUCUCUCUCUCUAAAUAAUGAGGUUCAUUUUAUCAUUUAAAGAAAAACGAGAGAUGCUUUGCAAGCCCAAGCGAGUUCCCAUCGAACUGACUCGGCUCAUUUUCCGGCAACAACAGCGACAACUGAGCUCGAAAUCUAGUCGCCAUUCUCGCAGAACGGACGGCAGAGACAGAGAUGAUUCGUAUACUGGGAAGAGAAAGCAAAAUCCAGAGGCACAUGAUCUGUAUCUGUACAAGAGCAAGGGCCAACAUAUCCUCACCAAUCCUCGAGUGCUCGACAAAAUCGUUAUAACUUCUUCCAUAAAAACGACCGAUACCGUCUUGGAGAUCGGACCCGGCACCGGCAAUCUCACUCUGAGGCUUCUUGACGCAGCUAAAGAGGUCGUCGCAGUUGAGAUUGACACGAGAAUGGUAGAAAUUCUUAACAAACGCGUAGCUGAACAUGGGUUUCAAGACAAGCUCAAUGUCAUACGUAAAGAUGCAUUGAGAACUGAGUUUCCCCAAUUUGAUCUUGUCGUGGCCAACAUCCCAUACGGGAUAUCGUCGCCUCUGGUGACCAAAUUGGUGUAUGGAAUGAACCCGUUUAGAAGUGCGACACUUUUACUGCAGAAAGAGUUUGCCAGACGGUUGUUGGCCAAACCUGGUGAUUCUGAGUUCAACAGAUUAGCCGUGAAUGUGAAGUUGGUGGCUGAAGUGGAGUUCGUGAUGGAUGUGAGCAAAAGAGACUUUCUUCCAUGCCCAAAAGUUGACUCCUCCGUAGUGAUAAUUCGUCCAAAAGCCGACAUCCCGGAUGUUAAUCUGCAAGAGUGGUCGGCAUUCACCAGGACGUGUUUCAAUAAGAAGAACAGGACAUUAGGAGCAAUUCUUAAACAGAAGAAGAAGGUGCUUGAGCUACUAAGGCUGUCCAAAAUGACAGGCUCUAGAACUGAGACUGCUGAUAAUGGCUGUGAAUAUUUUGAAUGUAGUAGUGAUUCUGAUGACUCUGAAGAAGGGGAGAGUGAUGAAGGAAGACUUUGUUCAUCUUCUUCCUCAGAAAUUGAAGUGGGUUUGUUCAAAGAGAAGGUAAUUGAGGUCUUAAACUCAGAAGGAUUCGACAAGAAGAGGCCUUCAAAACUGUCAAAUGAAGAGUUGUUGCAGUUGCUGUCUUCAUUUAAUCAGGCUGGAAUAUAUUUUCAUGACCAAGCAAAGUCUAAGAAUGCAAAAAAUGUAGCAUUUGCUGCUACUGACAGUUCAUAGCAGCACUUUGCUUUUGAUAUUUUUGUCAUCUUUAUUUUCUUGUAACUUUAUUGUUUUUUCUUCGCCUGGUUCAUGCAUUGGAAAAUAAAAAACAAAGAACACAUAAGUA